ACUAAAGCGACUUUCUUUACGACUUUUUCACCGACAUUUUUUACAGACCUUUUUCAUAAACUUUUUUCACCGACUUUUUUUACCGACCUAUCUUACCGACUUUUUUAAUCGACCUUUUUACUGACUUUUCUCACCGACUGUUUUACUUAGUCCUCCUUCUUUGUCUCCCUUAAUUUUUGACCUAAAGAGUGCUCAGUCCUGUAUAGAGUAUUGUGUAUAUUUUGGUCAUAUGUAUAUUUACAAAUCUUUUAUUUUUAAAAAUAGGCUUAAUAAGCGACCAUAAUAAUAUCUGCAUUUUGUUCACUAGAUUGUCAUACUAAUUAAAAUGGUCCAUCCUUGGCACAGCGAGGUUCAUAUUUACAAUACUGUGAAUAUGAACCUCGCAUGGUCGUAUGGGAUAACUCUGCUAAUUCCUUCACUACGCUUAAUUCGUCGAUAGCACGGAUUAAUCCUAAGUCUCUAACAUAUCUCUGUGUUGUACGGGUUACAUUUUCGCUAAAAUUUCGAUAUUUCACGUCGCAUCUACGGACCUUUCCAUCUUUAUCGACUGUAACAGACGUCACCAUUCCGUAUUGAUAAGUACAACAUAGGGGAUUUUCCUGCUUCAGGAAUAGCACUAUGUCGCCGACUUUUAUACAAUGAUCGCUAUUGAACCGCUUUGGUUAAUGCAUUAAUUUGGGCAAGUGUAAUAUUAACCACCCUUCGAACCAUACUUCGAGCACCUUUUGAUUUUCUCUUCACAAUUUCUUAGGCUUUGAUACCAAGUCAAAUCCUCCGGUUGGACUGCACUUAUUAUUUCGGCCUAGUAACAGUCGGUUUGGUGUGAUUAAAUCCAUCUACUCGAAGUCGGAAACGAAAUUUCCUAGCGAAAGUGGUAAAUCAUUGAUCGUGUUUGAGAUUUUUGACGAUAAGGUUUCCCACUGUAAAAUCGAUAAUCUUUCAUUGUGAGCAUUUUCCUCGAUGGAAGCUUUAAUUUCUUUGAUUUUCCUCUCAACUUUCCUGUGAAAGUUAUGACCACCUACUGGACACGUCUUGAAUUGAACAUUCAUCUUUAAGGGCGACGCUUUCUUUAUGUCCGUAAAGUUAAGUUUCAUGGAACAGCUGCUGACAAUUUGGCUACCUUCGUCCGGUAGCAGAAAUUUCGUGUGUCUUAUUUCACUUGCAAACCUUACGAAGGUUUGUAUAAAACUCUCCGCACUAUAGUCAUCCAUUACCUUGAUCUUAACGGCUGAUGUUGUAGCGUAGCAAAAUACUGCCAUCCAAAUUUUUACUGUCUUUAUCUUGCGAUGUGUUGAGUAAGACGGAAAUGGUCCUGCUAAAUCUACUUGUGUAACAUAAAAUGCAGGCGCAAUUGUGAUGUUUGCAUUUAAGAUUGGGAUAUAGCUAAAUUUUAAAACAUAGCAGUACACAGUUUCAAUUCUAGAAUGUUUUGCAACGUCACUAUACCAAUGUACUUCAUUCACAAUACUAUACGCUAGAGGUGAAUGUUUAUCUAUGAUAGGCACACAGGAUGUAGCGGUGCUUAAAUCUUUCAUGACAUUCGAGAAGUGUUCCAAUACUAUUCACGUUUUUAGAAGAGAGCAUUCUUCAGGUAUCUUGGUAAUGUCUAAAUCCUGUUGCCAGAUGUAGCAUUGAAGACACCAAUGAGAUUCGUGGAGACGCACUGUGUUGUACAUUUUCCUGAUGUCAGUAUGAAAUGCAAUUUUGUGUGACAUCCACCGAAUAACGAUAUCGACCAACCUAUUCAUAUUGUUUGAUCCUUUGGCAAGUAUGUCUUCAUGAUAGGAGCCAAAUACUUAAGGUAUCAUCCUUUAUUAAUAUUUCAACUCCCAUCAGGACUGUCUAUAUAUCGUUCCUUCUUCAGAAAUGCAGACGGUGGAAGAGGUGUAAUAGGAGGUCCCCAUGAAGUGUUUACUAAAAUAUAGUCAACGUUUGGCAACUCAAAUCAGCUUUGUACGUUUCUAACUGAACAGUACCAACUUUAUAAAUCUGGUUACCAUGUUACCUUAGAUAACAGCCUGCUAGGAAAUAAAUGCAGUAAAGAAUUCUUUAAUGAUUCAAUGCUUGAUGUAAUAGAAAACGAGGAUGACAGAUAUUUGUACAACAUGUCAACGGUCAAAAGGUUGAAAUUAUUCAAUACGGUGGAAAGUGCCGGUACCGUGAUUAUCUACAGGUGUAUAGAGUGUCGAAACUGCGAAAACUGCAAAAUCCACGACGAUAUCACACCAAUGACCAUAAAAGAGGACAGCAAGCAAGAUGUGAUAAAUAGGUCAACAAAGUCACUUCAGCGAAGUUGGGGAAGUUUUAGCAGCUUUCUUACAUCACCACCACUUUCCACAUAACAGGCACGUAUAUCAUCUUCCACUUUACCUUGCAGAGGAUACUUUGGAUAUGUUGUUGUUAUUUUUGGUAAGCAUACUCCAGACAAUAAUGCUUCAGCACUAUUGUGUAGCGGUAUCUUUACACUAUAUAUACCGUAAUUCGAUUGUGUUUUCACGUCUCCAACACCUCCUAAUUGUAUAGGACAAGCGAAUUCUUGAACAGCUCGAUUCCCAAUCCUUUGAACCGCAUCAUAUCUUGAAACUAGAUCUCCACAUCCGGUAUCAUAAAACAGGUUAAAUCGUUCACCAUUAACUUUGGUAGUUUGAAGCAUGUAAACUUCUGAAUCAGUAAUUACAUUAUUUGGAACUUGAUUAACCUUAUAAAAUUGAUUUAAUUUAUAAGAUCCGUGAAAUGUUAGUUUAAUUACCUUUGAAUAUACAUGUAGGUCAACAGGCUGACGAAGAAUACAUUUGUUUCGAUACUCGAUUAGUAAAUUUUCAUUUUCAUUACUUUCCCUAUGUUCGUGACUUACUAAAACGUGCUUUUUCGUAGGAUAUUUCUGAUUGUUAAUAUGUUUGCAUGAAAGUCAAUUUGACAGGCACCAUUCUUAUGUUUACCUUCUGACUGAGAAGCCCCUGGAAAUAAACACUGUAUGCAGAAUCCCUUUCUCCUUAGUUCUGAAAAACGCUCGUAUGGGGUCAUUUCAGCGAACUUCUUGCAAGACAAUUAUUGUAUUAAUCUCAUACCGUUUGGUCCUUUUGUUGAUUUAUGGUCAGUCUCACCACAAAUAAAACAUUUGCUUUGAUCGACUCUCUCACCAUAGCGAGUUCCACGUUUGUUGUAUCUUUCAGCGUCUUUCUUGCUUUGUAUGUCAGCUUUUGUUUCUUUCUUAUCCCAUGUUUCUUGAAUCAUCAGUUUUUGUUGCUGGACUUUGAUGUCCUUUUCCAAAAAUAUAAUCAAUUGCUUCCAGCAAUCUUCUCCGUCCAGAUCGUCCUCACAUGUUUUAGAAAUCCACCGGGUGAUUCUUUCGUUACCCAAAAUUUGUGCACCUUUUCAAUACCAUUUUCAUGAUAUAAUUUGUUUUCUAUAUGAUGAGUUUCGGCUAAAGCGAUUAAAUCUUUCAUUAAAGACACUAGCUUACUUAAACCUUCAAUCAACUUUUCAGGAUCCUUCGCUUUGCAAAGGACAAGAUUUGUGACCUCAUCAAUCUUACGAUACAAUAAUGACUUUGUGUUUCCAUAUGCAGCUUUAAGUCUUUGCCAUAUUUGAUCGAUACAUUCCAGGUCCUUAACUAAUGAAGAGCUGGUUCAACCAGAUGAUUAUUCUUAAGAAUAGUUUUUAUGUAUGGCACAUAAAUACAGUUUCUCAAUUUUUUUUGCAAAGUGUAGAUAUCCAUCGCAGAAUUAUAACCACCGAACUUAAUGUUAAUGUAAUGUCAAGUUGACUUGUAUUAAACAGUUUCUGUUUUUCUAAGUCUCGAGCUUCCAGCUCCUUUUUUAACAUGUCGGUGUAUAAGUUUAUAGAAUGUGGAAUUUUCACAUUGCUUCUGUGGCUUUUAAUUCCACCAUCCUGAGUUAAUAAUUCUUGAAACUGGCUUGUGAUUCUAUCUAUUCUCUUGCGAAUCUCUGGAAGUUCAUUCUUUCUUUGAAGCAACUCCGAGUCUGAUAUGCUAUAUUGCUCAACAUCAAUUUGUUGGAACACGUCACUAAUCAUCCUAUUAACAUCCGUCAACAUGAAUGAAAACUUCCUUUCGUUAAAUUUAGAAAUAGCCAAUUUGUUGUUUGUUUCUCUGACUCGCAAAUUAGAUUUUAAUAAAUUUGCCGCUUGCUAAAUCGUUUUAUAUUUAAAGGGGAAGUUCGGUCAAAAAUUAUAUUUUCAUAAUCAAUAGUCAAAAAAGAAUACGAUAAUUCUUUUUAAAUGAAACCCUUAUUUUUUUUAAAUAAUCUGUGUUAACCACGCGUAAAAACACCUCCGUAGACUGACCCCUUUACGUUUUUACGAAGGCUGGGUCGAGUUUGAAUUAUGACGUUUUAUAGUUCAAAAAGCGAAGUUCGGUGUUGGGGAUUAGGUGUAAUCACACGAAGAAGCGUUUUGUUUAUGCAUUUUAUUAUUUCAAUAUGCCAAACUGUGCUGCCAUCGGCUGUACAAAUCGAAGUAGCAAUAAGAAAAAGACAGAAAAGGGUAAGGGAAGCGAGGAAAAUAAGGAGGUAGAUAACGAAAAGCUUACGACAAAAGACGAAGAUAACAACGAAAGAAAAAUCCGGGUAGUAUUUUAUCACAUUCCUAGUGCGAAAAAAGAUAAAGAGCUUCGGAAUAAAUGGCUACACAAUAUAAAAAGAAGUGGUACCUUGCCGAAAGACUCUGGGUUUUAUAUUUGUUUUCAUCAUUUUGAACCAGAGUGCUUCGAAAGAGAUUUACAAGAAGUCUUUUCGUUACCUAUGUUUCACCAAACAGCCUAACAUUUGUCUUUCUCGUAUUUAGAAAAAUUCAACACAGUUUCAUUUAUUACAGCCAUUUCCAAAACAAAACCAUGUCAAAAAAAAUCAUUAUAUUUUCUUCGCAUGUUCGCAUUUUCUUUCCCCCAGUGCUGAAUGUUUUUUUAACAUCGAAAAAUCCUUCAAGAACAUGUGCUUUCGUAAGACGGGGGUAAUGGAAAUCUAUUAUUUUUAAAUUUCCAGGCUGAACUAAUGGGUUCUCCACCGCGGAAGAAAUUAAAAGAUGGUGCUGUUCCGACCUUGUUUAAUUUUACAAAACAGCCUGAGAAACGUAAAAGAACAGAAAAAAGAAUCGAAGACCGUCAGAAACGACAGCUAAUUGAUUCUAUGCUGGAAACAGAAGCAAGUGAUACUACACAACCUGAAAAUAAACAAGAAAUGGGAUACCGAUUUUUCUUUCUCGCCCGAUGUAGAAGUAUCGAUGUCUGUCAUAGAAGAAUUUUCAGAAUACGAGGAAGAAGCAAUUAGUAAUAAUGAGAAAAGUCAAGACGAAUCGUUCAAUUUGGAAAAUCUGUCAGAUAGUGAGAAUGAUAACGACUCCGAUGCGGACAUCCCCGACCUAAACGGCACGUGUUUUAUCGUUUUUUGGUCUUGUCUUCUACCUCUGCUACGAUUUUGUUUCACCUGUUUUAAGCCAGCUGAAGUGAAUAAAAUUGCAGUUAAAGGGACUCAACUAAUCGUACAUUUGUUGUGCAGUGACCAUCAUGCUCACCAAUGGUCAUCGCAACCACUGGUGAGUAAGCGACCGUGGGGAAAUUUAUUGCUUUCCUCAGCCAUUUUAAUUUCCGGUAACACAUACCAACGCGUUAAAGAAAUGAUGCAAAUCGCAAAAAUACAUUUUUUGUCCAAAACCACCUUUUAUGAAAUACAAAAAAAGUACAUAUUCCAAGCGAUUCACAAAAUAUAUUCCACUCAUCGAGAAUUGCGAUUUCAGUCUUACCUAGAAAGCAAUGAGGCACUAGACUUAGCAGGCGAUGGGAGGUGUGAUUCACCAGGUUACAGUGCAAAGUACGGAAUUUACACGUUACUUAAUUCAAAAUCAAAUAAAAUAGUUGACUUUCAUGUAGUUCAUGUCGGCCAAGUUGGGAAUUCGUCGCGUAUGGAAAAACAAGGAUUGAUUGUUGUUCUUAAUCGUUUGUUAGAAAAUCAACUGUCAAUUGAAGGCAUUGCAACUGACAGGCACGUUCAAAUCCGGAAGUACAUGCGAGAAGAACGGAAGGAUAUUAAGCACCAUUUUGACGUAUGGCAUAUGGGGAAAAAGAUUAAAAAAAAGUUGGUCAAAUGUGCCAAGAAAACAACCGCUAAAGAUUUACUUCCUUGGGUAAAAGCUGUCAUAAAUCAUUUCUGGUGGUGUUGCGCCUCUGGUAAUGGUAACGUGGUAGAGUUACGAGAGAAAUGGCUGAGUAUGUUGUGUCAUGUAAAGAACAAACACAAAUGGGAAAGCAACAAAAUAUAUCACAAAUGUGAACACUCUAAGCUCUCUAAAUUAGAACAGCGAUCAAAAAAAUGGUUGAUGGAAGGAACGCCUGCUUACAAAGCCCUUGAAUCUGUAGUUCGGGCUAAGUCUUUGUUGCGUGAUUUGAAGUACUUCGUCGAGUUCAAAAACACAAGAAAUUUGGAAGUUUACCACUCACUCUACAACAAAUAUUGCCCAAAGAGGUUACACUUUAGCUUUGCAGGAAUGAUUGCUAGGUCACAACUCGCCGUUCUUGACUUUAAAGCUGGAGCUGGCUCCUCCCACGCACAAACAUCGUCUGGAGAGCAUCGCUAUAAGCAACAAUACUCGAGGAUUACAGACUCCUGGGUUGUUAAAAAAGUUUACACGGAAAAGCAAAGGUCGUACGUAGAGGAUAUUGUAAGUGAAGUUAAGUAUUUGGUUACAACUAAAGAAGGGUACGCAGCUCCCAAAGUCGCCGAUGUUCCAAAUUAUAUAGCGCCAAGAGAGAAACCAGAUAAAAAAGAAGCCAUUGAAAAUAUGAAAACAAGGUUUACAUUGUAAUAAUUUUUUU